AUGGUCGCCUGGGCUCCUCCCGAUCUAGGCUGCUUACUAGCCUGUGCCUCCUCAGACGGUCAAGUCAGCGUCCUUGACUUCGCAAACAAUACAUGGAGUCACACUCUAAUCUCCGCACACGGCAUGGGCGUCAACGCCGUCUCCUGGUCUCCAUCAGGCGGCCUCCCAGGCGCAAUCGCACGCAAAGCAGACCCAUCACAACAAACGACCAACAGACGCUUCGUAACAGGCGGCUCAGACAAUGAGGUUAAGAUUUGGGAAUGGAACCAACAACAAAACACAUACACUCAAAUGCUAUCAUUACCAGAAGGCCACUCCGACUGGGUCCGCGAUGUAGCCUGGUCACCUACACUGCUUUCGAAAACAUAUAUCGCUUCAGCGUCACAGGACAAAACCGUUAAGAUAUGGACAAGCACAAAUCCAACUGAUAUCAAUUCAUGGCAGUUAGCCACCACACUGAAAGACUUCGGAGAUGCGGUCCUGUGGAGAGUGAGCUGGAGUUUGAGCGGGAAUGUGCUUGCUGUCUCGGGGUCGGACGGCAAGGUGACUUUGUGGAAGGAGAAUUUGAAGGGCUGUAUUCUGUAUGUGAUGGAAUUAUAA